AUGGGUAACUACUUUGCUAAAUUGUCACCAUGCCUAGCCCAGCCUACGGGCCAGACUGACCGGGUUUCCGAUCAUAAACCCGACCAGGCCACUCACUCUGAUACCAUCUCUGAGGGUGUUCAAGACCAGGCCACCCAGACUGAUGCUGUCGCGGACGGUGUUGAAGACCAAAUCAUUCAGCCUGACACCGCCUCUGAAGUUGUUGAAGAGGGAAAGGACGCAUACCGGCCUGGUGGCUUCCAUCCAGUCUACAUCGGCGACGUCUUUAACGACAGAUACAAGGCCCUCAAUAAGAUUGGCUACGGCCAGUACUCUACAGUCUGGCUGGUCAAGGACCUGCAAGCUAGCUCCAGUAGCGAUGGGCCAAGCCUUUUUCGGGCGUUGAAGGUACUGAGCGCUGUGUGCUAUGGCCAAGGACAUGACACUUUCGAAAAGGAGAUUCUCACUCAUCUUCGAGAUGGGGAUCGCGACCAGCUGGGCUACAACUACGUCUGUCACCUUGUCGAUGAUUUUGAGCAUCUGGGCCCAAACGGUACUCACACAUGCCUCGUGUUUGAACUCAUGGGCGAGACACUUCGCAGCUUCGGCGUUUGGUUUUCUGAGCACAUGAUCCCACCUUCAAUCAUGCACAGAUUCGCGAUUCAGCUGGUGCUGGCGCUUGACUUUGCCCAUGAACACGACGUUAUCCAUACCGAUAUCAAACCGGACAACAUCUUUGUCAAGUUUCGUGAUCACUCGCUGAUCGAGUCUGGCUAUCUGAAGGAUGUCCCCAUUCCAGAGCAAGACCGAGCCGAGACUCAAUACUGCCCCGUCCCUUCACGGCCUCUCCGUGGGUACUACUUUGAUACCGAGAACACUCGCGCAGAUCAGUUCGACAUUGCACUGGGUGACUGGGGAGUGUCUAGCUGGACUACAAAACAUCUCUGUGAGACGAUCCAGCCGGUGGCCCUUCGGUCUCCUGAGGUCCUGAUUGGGGCUCCCUGGACUGCCUCUACUGACUGGUGGAACUUGGGCGCCGUCCUUAUCGAGGUCUUUCGUGCUGUUCGAAUGUUCGAUGGCGGAGUUGCCCCAGACGGACACUACGAGCUCAAGGAGCACUUGACCGAGAUUGUUGAUCUCUUCGGACCCUUCCCCAAGACACUGCUUGAGAAGGGAGAUCCGGAUAUCGUUCGUGAUAUGUUUGAUGAAGAGGGAUGCGUGAAGGAUGCAGAGCAAUAUGAAGGGCCUGGUCUGGAAUCGGAGGCUUACCUGCCUGGUCUGAGCCUGUUGAUGAAGGCAGACUUCGCCUCGUUUCUAGAGCUGAUGAUGAAGAUCGACCCUGAGGAGCGUCCUUCGGCAAUGGAUCUCUUGCGACACCCGUGGCUGAAUGCAGUACGGUCUAAGUAG